AUGGCGCGCCACUUCGGUGACACUGUAAGACCCUUCCUCGCGCGCUCCCCACCGCUUGCCUUGCCGUCCGUCCUCUUCGUACCCGCCGCACUGAAAAGAGAGGGGGUCGUCGACGUCUUGUACUUUUCCUUCUCUCACGUCGGACGACGGCCGGACGGUCAAGCACAUGCCUCUCGUCUUGCCCGUCCUGCUCGAGUCGCGCUGAGGGCGGUUGCGGCGGGGGUACCAAUCACCUACGAAGACAUCAAGGCGCUCAAGAACGACUGGCUAACAGACAACAACAUUGCCUUUUGGGAAGAAUGGCUGGAGCGCGAAAUCCUCCCCAAGUACCCGCAAGCCCGCAUCUGUCUCCUGCGGCCGUCGAUGACCUUCCUUCUCAUGAAAGAACCCGACAUGCGCCAAAUCCGCUCCGCCCUCCCCGACUUCUCCAAAACAACACACAUCUUCCUCCCCAUCAACGACGCCCGGAACGUAGCCCAGGCCGAGGGCGGCUCACAUUGGUCCCUGCUGCUUGUUAGUGCGAUCGAUGGCGUCGCGUUCCACUAUGAUUCCCUCGGCGGCGCAAACUACGCGGAGGGCCGCCUGGCUACGCAUAAGAUGGCCGAGAUCCUAGGCCGGCCGCUCCGCUACCUCAACUUGGAAGACUCCCCGCAGCAAGAGAAUGGCAGCGACUGCGGCGUCUUCGUAUGCAUCCUCAUGCGCCACCUGCUCGUCAAGCGCCUGCUCAGCGCAAACGCGCGCGAAAAGGUCAGCAUGAGCAUGGCCAACAAGCUCAUCGACAGCCACGGCGGACGGAAAGAAAUGCUCAAGAUCAUCGAGAGCCUACGCAAGGAAGGCGAGAGGAGGAGAUCGUAA